GCCAGAGAGCCUUGUGACAUCAGGGAGCCCCAGCCUGGCUGAGGGUGUCUAAGGGGCGCAGAGCCCUGUUGUGCCCAGUGCCAGGAGAGCCGCUCUCUGUGCAGGAAGCAGCUCCCUGGCUCUGUCUGUGCUGGACGCCCACAGCUAUAGAGGCUGACAGCGACAGACAUUGAUAGCGACGAGCAAAAAGGCAACUCCAACUCCCGGUCCCCAGCCCCUUGCCCAGCUGGCUGGAGGCCCCCAGCGAGCAGUGGUCAGGGGCAGUGGUCAGGUCAGUCCUGCCACUGACAGAGACUGAGGAGGAGGAGAGGCUCUUUGCCGAAAUGGACCGCCAGCUUUCCCGGUGGGAAGGUGACAGUGACGAGGAGCUUUCCCACUGGGAAAAGGUGAUAGUAAGAGAGAGGUACGAACAGCAAGUGCUGAGAGUCCAAGAAAUUUUCCAUCGGGGAGCCAGGAGGAGCCAAAAGCUGUACCUAUGCCAGGAGGAGCGUGUGAGCAGUCAGGAGCUGUGCCAAUGGAGAAAGGACAUCCGCUCCAAGAUGUGGGACAGAGCCUUGCGACCCCUGAGUGAGGAGGAGCCCCAGCCCUGUCGCCAGAGUCCCACAGAGGCUGAGCCGACAGCUGCUGCCCCAGCCAGGGCUGCUGAGAAGGAAGAGCUGCCUGAGAUUCUCACACCUGAGGAGGAUGAGAACAUCAAUGAGGAGAUCCUGAUCCAGGGACUGACGGACAUCUACAAACUGUUGGAGAAGCUGGAGGAAGAGUAUGCCCUCCAACAACAGUUGAGUGUAGAAGAACAAACACAGCCCAGCUCUGCCAGCACCACAGGCAUGGAGGUGGCAGCAGAGGCAGCACCUGCCCUGCCCUGCACCUCCCCUGUCCCGGGCAGUCCUACAGAGGCCAAGCCAGCAGCUGCUGCCCCAGCUGCAGCUCAUGAGAAGGAAGAGCUGCCCAAGCCUCUCACUCCUGAGGAGGUAAAGACAGCAGCUUCUUCUGUCUUCAGUGAGGAACUGCCAUUGCCAGGGACACAGAGCUCAUCCAGUGUCCCCUCCGACACCCUGACCAAUAGCCAGACUUCACUAUGCCAGGAUCAGGACAACACCGAGGAGAUCCUGAUCCAGGGACUGACUGAAAUGUACCAGCUGAUGGAGAAGCUGGAGGAAGAGUAUGCCCUCCAACAACAGAUGGCUGUAGAAGAAUCACAGCCCAGCUCUCCCAGCCCUGUGGGUGCAGCAGUGCCAGCAGAGGCAGCGCCUGCCCUGCCCUGCCCCUCUCCUUCCCCAGCGAGUCCCACGGACCAGAUCAUCAACAGGGAGACCCUGAGCCAGGUGCUGCAGGAAAUGCAGGCACUGAAGCAGCAGGUGGCUGCCCUUCAACUGGGCUUGGCUGUAAGAGAGUCAGCAGUGGCAGCUAGAAGGGAAGAGAGAUCAGUGCCUGCCCCGCAGAGCAUCCCUCCUGCCCCAAAGAGGCCCAUGGAGCAGAACACCAACAGGGAGGUCCUGAGCCAGGUGCUGCACGAGCUCCAGGCACUGAAGCAGCAGCAGAAUGAAGUCCAUGCCCUUCAACAGCAGUUGGCAGACAAAAUGGAAUCACUCGAGACAGCCAAAAAGGAAGAGAGCUCAGUGCCUGCCCCGCACAGCCCCCCCAGCCCCUGGCCUGCCCAGCUGGGAGUCCACGCCCCCAGGGAGCAGCUGGAGGAGGCAGCAGUGGGGUCAGCAGCACAGGCAGAGGUGGAGAGGAUGGAUGACUCCGAUGAGGAAAUGAAAUGGUGGCAGUUCUUGGAUGAUCUGGAGCCUUUCCUGGUGAGAGAGCCAGAGCUGACCCGGGUGUCUGUCACAGGACACACUAUGAGAUUUUCUUUGGCGGAAGGGAUCCCAGAGCUUGUCCCUUGUGAGGCUCCUGUUGAGCACCCGGCACAGGAGCCGUGCAGCCAAGGGCCAGUGCCUGCCCCACAGAGCCCCCCCAGCCCCCGGCCUGCCCAGCUGAGAGCCCAGGCCCCCAGACAGCAGCAGCAGGAGGGGCCAGCAUCAGCAUCAGUGUGGGCAGUGCAAGAGAGCGAGGAGGGGAGCUUGGCUGGGGAGGACAAAGAGGGGGUAGAUGCCAUCGAGACAGAACUCUCCCAGUGGGAAAACAAGAAAGACCCUGAGCAGGAGGUGUCCGAGGAAGAGCUCUCUGACUGGGAAGAGAGCACAGACGAAGAUGUGUCCCAGGGGGAAGAGUGCCCUGAGCAGGAGGUGUCCGAGGAAGAGCUCUCUGACUGGGAAGAGCACACAGAGGAAGAUGUGUCCCAGGGGGAAGAGUGCCCUGAGCAGGAGGUGUCCCAGGAAGAGCUCUCUGACUGGGAAGAGCGCACAGAGGAAGAUGUGUCCCAGGGAGAAGUAGCAAGUCACCAUGAAGACUGUGCCUGGGAGGAGUACUUCCCUGAGCAAGGACUGUCCCAGGGGGAAGUCAGCAGCUCCCGAGACCUCUCCGACUGGGAAGAAAACACUGGGCAAGGGCUGAUUGGAGGAGAGAUCAUCAGCUGUGCCGAACAUUCUUCCAGGGAACAAUACAUUGGGCAAGAGCUUUCCCAAAGGGAAGCCUGCGUUGCCCAAGACAUAACGAGAGGGAAUGGCAGCAGACUCUCAGGACGCUCCAGUGCAGAAGAUAAUAGCUGUGAGGAGCUUGUGCAGGAGAACUGUGAAGAUGAGAGUGACCAUGGCAUCGGGACUAAGGCUUCCUUCUUCUCAGAGGAGGAAGAGAGGGAUGACAUGAGCAUCCUAGAGCUGCAUCCAGAAGACCAAGAACUAAAAUGGAGAGUUUUUGCGGCAGACGGGCUCCCAGUACCCAUCCCUCAUGAGGCCUGGGUUGAGGAGCAGGAACCACAGCUGCACAGCCCAGGGCCCCUCCGUGCCUCACUCAUGCCCGUGAAAGGCCAACUCCCUGUGGGACAUGGGGCUUCUCUUCCCUUCACGAAGCCAGAGGCAGGGAGAGAGAGCCGGGUGCCUGCCCCACACAGCCCCUGGCCUGGCCAGCUGGGAGCCCAGUCCUGCCACGGGCAGCUGGCUCCCUUUAGGAAACGUCCGUCCCGCUUCAGGCGGGCGCUGCGGGCGCUGCAGGGGCUGUUCCUCUGUCCCUGCCUGAGGCCACGGCCGGAGGAAUGAAACAGGUGAGAAAAGGAUGAAGAAGAUGUAGAAGACAAAAGAGAUGGAGAUGAAGAAGCAGAUGAAAAAGAAGAGGACAAAGAAGAUGAAGAAGACAAUGAAGUGAAAAUGAAGAUGAAUAUGGAGUCAAACAAGACCAUGAAGACAAGGUUGAGAAAGAUAACAAAGAAGAAGACGGCUGUCUCAAUUUUUGAGACAAAUUUAACAGAGGACGCUCUAAAAUGAGCCAAAAUUCCUGGAGACUGGGGAAACAUUGAAGAAAUGUUCCCCUUCCUGACUUGGGCUGCGAGAUGGCACCGGCUUUCACGCUGAGGGAAGUGGAGCUGGCACGGAGGAGUUGCAUGCAGCAGGAGGCACAGCCCUGGCGGCUCUCUGGGCUCCACCUCCUGCCCAGGUCAGACACAGCAGCCGGGCUGGAGUCUCUGGUUGUGCUUCCUCUGCCCGCCUCAGCUCCCCAAGGCUUGGGGCUGGAACGGGACGGCCCCACUGCCGCCGGUGCCGCUGCUCUGGUGUGGGAGCAGCAGCUCUUGGCUUCAGCUGGAGGGGCUGAGAGAUUGCUGCUGCAGCUCCUGCAAGCCAGGGAAGGGAACAGCUUUGGGAUGGGCCAACCAAGCCAAGCAAGACAAGCAAAAGCGAAGCAGGCAGAGCCACGAAGGCCAGGGCAGUGAGGCUUGGAAAAUGCCCAGCCAAGGAGCCCAAAGCUUCCCCUUACCCGCCCCACACACUGCCGGGCCUGGAAGGUACAGCAGCCAUGUGUUGGCACACAGCAGAGGCUCCUGGAAAAGACUCUCAGCAUCAACCUCUCCAAGACAAAGAAGAUCAAGACGAUGAAGACAGAGACAAUGAUGACAAAGCAUCAUGAUGCUUUACUGAAGAUGAGACCACAGAGAGGAAGACUAAGAAGACAUAGAAGACAAGAAUAAUUUUAAAAAUACAUAUAAGAAGAAUUGUCGUAAGAAUUUAAAAAUAGAAGAAGGGUAUUUAAGAUUUAGAAUUUUAAAAUACAUUGAAGAAUAGUAAUAGGAGUAAGAAUAGAAUUUAGAAACACAUAGAAGAAGCAGAGAAGAGUAGUUAGAAUUUAAAGAAGAGGAGUAGCUAGAAUAAGGAGAAGAAGAAAAAGAAGAAUUCAAGAAUACUAAAAUGAAAAUAAAAGUUAAUAAAUAAAUAAAACCUGGGAACUUA